UUGUUGCUAGGCUCCCAAGAUCCCCAGGGAGGGGGUCAGGUGCGUCACCUAUGCCCCCUGGGACCCACCCUCCUGCUGCUCCACCCAGAGCCAUUCUACAGCAUUUACUGAUCUCCGCAUCCAGCGCUGCUCACCUGCUGUUAUCUUGGACCCCACUGAACAGGUGUCUUCCAGAACUAUGAAAUCCUUCAGCUCCAUCCUCUUCCUCCUUGUCUUCCUCUUCGCUGGGCUGGGUUCCAAGGCUGCACCUUCAGCCUCACCAACUGUGGGCUCUGACUUCCCGAGGAUGGGCCACCCCUCCAAAACCUUUCUUCAUGUUUCUAAAAAUACCACUCUAGAACAGCCUAACCCAGAAUCCCCUGGGAUUGCUUCUCCUGAGCCCUCCAUGAUGCCUCAUUUGGUUUUCCCUGAGCUCUUUCCCCAUAACUUCACUGACACACCCAACCCUGGCCUCCCAGAACCCCCACACCCAGAUUCUCCUGAGACCCCCAAACAUAACUUACUCAACACCUCAAUGUCAGAACCUCUGGAGACCCCCAAAGUUAAUUUCUCCCAAAAGACACAUCCAGAACCUUCUGAGACCCCCAAACCUGAUCCGACUGAAAUUCCACACCCAGAAUCUCCUGAGACCCCCAAACCUAAUUCCUCCAAAACUUUACACUCAGAAUUUCCUGGGACCCCAAAUCCUGACUCUACCCAAAAUCCACACCAAGAAUUCAUGGGGAUCCCCAAACUUAACUCCACUGAAAUCUCACAUGCAGAAGCCCCUGAUCCUGACCCUACCAAAAUCCUUUACCCUGAAACUCCAGAAGCUCAUGACCCCAACACCACUGAGACCUCAAACUCUGAAUUCCUUCAGAUCCUCCACCCUAACCCUGCUGAUACUCCUCACCCAGAAUCUCAUGUGACCCACAACUCCGACCCCACUGAAAUUCCCCAGUCAAAACUCCCCACAACCCACCAAGAUACAAAAGAGAUAACUGUGGACUCUGACCCUGAAAUCUCCACCAGUUUUCACCCAGAAACGCCUGCACCCCUCAAGGACCAAGCUGCUGCCCUAAAUGAGCUGCCCAUUAAUACCAAGCCAGAAACCCUUGCAGCCACCCAGCCCAACUCCCUUAAAUUGCCCACUUCAGAUUAUCCUGGGACCAUUGAGCCCAAGGCCUCCCAGAACUCUAUACCUAAAGAACCAGAUGCCCCUCCUUCCUCAUCCCGGAUUGCAGACCCCCCUGCUCCUCCAGGGCCCCCUAAUCAGCUGGCCCCUGCCACUCUGCGGGCCCCCCAGGGGCGCAGCCGAGGUGAGAGAGUCAACACUAUCAUCGUGGUGGAACGAGUGGAGGAGACCGGCAUGACCCUGGUGGGGCGCCCCCGGGGCAUGGCGGGCGGGGCCCUGUGCCUCUUCUUGGCUGGGACCGGGAUCCUGAUCGGCAUUUUCGUGUUGCUGUGGUGUCUCUACCGCCGGGCGGCUCGACACCGACCUUUCGCACACCACAGGCUUCCAAACGACGGAGAUGAGCCGGUUAUGCAUUUGGACACUCCGAAGGAGCCCUACGAUCUCUACUUUUAUGCACCGGACGCUUGGAUCCCUUCACACAUAGCCACCAAGCAGCCACCGCCCACUCCUCCGCUGCCGCCCAAGUUGCCCCCGCCGCCCCGCGGGGGCCACCCCCAGCGCCUAGAGCCGCUCUCCCCUGCCAUGCUCCCCAACAACUUCGUGUGAGCCGCGCUGGGUCCCGCCAGACCUGCGCCAUCCCCGAACGAAGGAAGGGCCAGGGGUUCACACCUCCUGGCAUGCUGUGCGACAUAGUGGUAUUUUCAGAUAGAGUCCAGCACAGAGAGAGGCUCUCCCUGUGACCG